GAGAAUAACAUUGAGCAGAGAGAAAGGGAAGCGAUAAAGCCAUCCGGCGGCCGGCCAAAACUAGGGAUUUCUUAGCAAGAAGAACUGGGGAUAUAUUUGUUAUUUUCAUCAACUAGAGUCUGGUGUCCUGUGUUAAAGGAGAAAGGAAAAGAUGAAGAAAUUGACCAGUACAAUAUCUGUCAAGAUUAAUGCUGUCAACUAGAGCCAAUGACAACUGAACUUCGAGUGCCGCAUUUUCAGGCUUAUUUACAGUGAAAAUACAGUAUUUUUCGACAAUAUAAAUAGAGAUCAAGAAAAAAAUCUACGUACUUGAAUGUCAACAAGAAUGUGGCAAACCGUAUUGGGAUGGACACACUACUUUUGGUGUUUGGCGAUCACGGCAUGACCAAGACAGGCGACCAUGGUGGAGACUCUGAAGGUGAAAUAACAGCUGCUCUCUUUGCCUACAGUCCUGGACUCAAUAUGGUGCCUGCCAACCCAAAUAGCAUUCAUCCAGUGCAGGUGUCACAAGUGGAUAUUGUUCCCACUCUUGCUCUGGCCCUUGGUGUUCCCAUCCCAUACUCUAACCUGGGAAAGGUGGUGGAAGAGUUGCUGGCCAAAAAAGGAGAAUCAUCGGAGGAAGUCUUAAGCAAGAAAGUUCAGGCGCUUGCACAAAAUGUUCAGCAAGUCCAGAAAUACUUGCAGGAAUACAAGAAAGUUGGCAAUGAAUUUUUUGGAGAGUUGUGGAAUAGAUUGGAAAAUUUGAAGGAGAAAAUGAAUAAAGAUUUAAAUGAGCUUACUACAAGAGAAAAGAAAAUGGCCUAUAUUGAAUACCUAAAUGUUGCAAAAAUGAUGUGUGAAACAGUCUGGGCAAAGUUCAACAUAGCGGAAAUGACAAGUGGUCUUAUUCUGAUGGUUACAGUUAUGGCACUUACUGUGUUAAUGGUGCUCAGUCAAGUGAAUGAUGCACUGGUCUUGAAGAGACUGCUCUUCCUAACUGUAGGAGUCAAUUCUUUGUUCAUUUUUACUUCUUAUGCCAGUAUUUCAGUGAUGGGGUAUGUGGCAAGUGGAUUGAUAGUUCUUUGGCUGUAUUUCCACCAUAGAUAUUUGAAUUGCAAGAGCUCAAACAUUAACAUCACAGAUGGCUUUUCUCUUUUUCUAAUACUUUGCAUAUGCUUAGGGAGUUUUUCAAACAGUUAUGUUGUUGUAGAAAAUUAUUUAAUAUCAUUCAUGCUCUUAUCAUUAGUUAUCAUGUAUUCACUUAUUUCCUUUUUGAAGAGGCAAAGAAAAAAGAAUAUGAAUACACUGUCUUGGAAGAAUGUAAAAAUGUCUUUAAAUGUCCGCAGUGUUGUAUGUUUUAUGGCUGUGAUUGUCCUGUUGGUGUCUGUACGAGGGAGCUUUUCAUAUUGGAAAUGCCGUGAAGAACAGUCGUGGUGUGUUCCCAGCCAGGUUCACACCCCCAUGAAUGGUCUGCCAGAGAGUUUCAGAAACUGGAGAUACUUUACUAGCUUGUUUGCCCUUGUUUUGUUAGUAUGGUUACCUCGACGAUGGCUCAUUAUGUGUGGCAAUUUGAAUGGUUCAAGGCUUGGAGUUCUUUUAGUGAAUUAUGUCCCAGUUAUUACAGGGGUGUUUGUAGCUGCUCACUGGGCCCUACAGGCUGCACCUCUGCAGAACUCUCCACUCAGUGAGCAUGUUGUAAUCCCUCCACGAUUAACAUUUGCUGUUACUAUAUUAUUUGUUGUAACCUUAUACUGCAUUCCUUUACUGAUAUAUGAGGUGCCUCCUAAGAAAAGCUUUGGACCUGUUGUUAACCAUCCUUAUGGCUUUGUACCUCAAGUGUAUCAUAAGCUCAUUGAAAAAUACCAUGAUGGUAACUCCAAGAACUCCAAUAUUCCUGUAGUAUAUGGACUGGCAACUGCAGUGUCUGCUCCAGUUUUAAGCAUAGUGAUUGCACUCUUAGUUGUACUGACUAUGCUUGCUGGUGAUGGCUUGGCACCAGCAGUCCUAGUUCUUGUUAUCACUGCAACAUCUUGCUUCGUGGUACAAGCUGUGUGUUCAUGGAUGACAGCCAAUGAUAUUGAAACAUUGCUGAAACCAUCUUGGACAUCCCUCUGUGUCUGGUUCAUCCUGAGUGUUCAUGGAUUCUAUGUAACUGGGCAUCAGCCAACCUUCUCCUCAUUGCACUGGUCUGCUGCAUUUGUAGGAUUUACUGGUGAUUGGGGUGGCAGCAACUUCUUCCCAACUCUCCUUGUGGGCAUCAACACUUUCAUGGCACAGAUUCUCUUUGGUUUAUCAUUGCCAUUAAUUGUGUUAGCACCACUAGCUAUAGGAGUGGCCUUUCCAAGACUACGAGGCAACAGACUAGAGUCUGAAGAAACAAGUCGAGGAGAGUUCUUAUUGGUGGAUCGGCCAGAGAAAGCUAAGGAGACAGUCUUGUUUACUGCAGUAUCUUACAUCCUUCUCCAUGCAGUAAAAGUAUUUUGCUCAUCCCUCUCUGCCUUUGUUUUGCGACGCCAUUUGAUGGUCUGGAAGAUCUUUGCCCCACACUUUAUUUUUGAGGCUGUAGGAUUCUUGGUGACGUGCUGCUGUGUGGUCCUCAGCACUGUCUUCUUUCUCAGAAUACUGAAGGUCCUGUAUGCAUGGAGUGAGCAGCUCCACAUAAAGAACAGUUAAACAACAAUGUCACAUUGUUCUAAAUUAGAAAUUAUUUUAUGGAAAAGACUGUUGUUACAGACAUGUAUAUGUAAAUCAAAGGUAGUAGCCAUGUGAUUUUUGUUUUGUCUACUGAAGGUUUGAGAUGUCUGAUUUUGUCAUUAGCUACAUCAUAUUUUUGAUACUAACGGAAAAAGCGUUUAUAUUGUGCGGUUGUGUCUUUUGUAUUGGAGCAUUGUUGAUCUGAAUAAUUUCAUAUAUAUGAUUAUAUGACAAUGUAUUAUACAAUAUCAUUGAAAGAAUUGUUAUUAACUUUUAUGAAAAUGCUCCUAAGAACUUAACUUUUAUUCUAUAAAAUGGAAAAUGUAGAUAAUAAAUAAUAUAAGAAUACUAUUCAGACCAAAUGUGUAUCCUUGUUCAUAUUUGAUAUUUUGCUCAAUAUUGUUGUAAACAAUACCCUUAUACAAUCUUUGCCACUAGAAGUUCUUAUCACAGGGUAAGGAGUCUCUCUCUCUCUUUGGCAUAAUGUUUUAUUGGAAACCAUACGUUUGAUCUCAGCUCUUACAAGUGAAUUCUUCACCAGAAAAUAUGAAUUCAUUUUAAUUAGAUAAUGAGUAUAUGAAAAUAUGCUCACUGUGUACAUAUUUUAUUACAUUUAAACUUCAUUAACUGAUUGUGAUAUAAUAAAAAUGAUAAUGUUACCACUGCCACUACCACCACUACAACUUUGCUUCUACUUCUGUUUCUACAUCUGUGACUACUUCUACUUCUUCUUCUUCUUCUUCUUCUUCUUCUUCUUCUUCUUCUUCUUCUUCUUCUUCUUCUGCUACUACUGCUAGCUACUGUACCUUCAACUACUUCUACUGCUAGUGCCAGUACUAAUACCAGUACCACCACCACCACCACUGUUGCUAUUUUUACUAAUACUACUGUUACUAUUCCUACUAUUUCUUCUACUACUUCUGUUACCACAAGUAACCAAGAGUUACUGUGGUGAGUACACAGUAUUUGGGCCAGAUAUAACACAACUAUGAGCAGUUUGUAAACCCUUUUUAAGUGGGUAAUAUGAAAUUUAAGAUAAUGGAUAUAGUUUAAACAUCCACUCACAUGAAACUGAUGUAUACAUAUGAUAAUAUUUGUAAGAGAUAAGAGGGCCAAAUUAUAAAUCAAUAAAAAAAUAUGAAAGACAAAAUGGCCACUUGAUUCAUUAAAAAUACUUGUGACAGAAGAUGACACAUUUUUAAAAGACUAAUGGUCAAUUAACUAUAAUAUACCUUUUGGUUUUCCACAGAAUGUGUGGUCACACUAUUUGACAUUACUGUAUAUUGCCUGUCAGGAACUUUUUUCUGCUACAUUUUAACCUCUCAGUGAGAGGCAUGUAGUGUCUACAAAUGCAUCUGAUACUACUUGGCAAAUUUCCCCCAAUAGUACCCAGAAUAUCAUCCCCCAUACCCCCAUUCUCUUCCUGAGCCAAUCAAACACUUUCAUUUUCCAACCUCCUGCUUAUGGAUGGAAUAUAGCAAGUGUGAAUUAGUAAUUCUGGUACUUUAUAGCAUAUUUAAUUCAGUCAAGCCCACAUCUUUACCUCUCUAAUUUUCUCCUGCACACACCAUACUAUUAAGUAUUAGAGAAUUACUCAGUUAUAUAUUGUUUUUUAUUAUUUGGAUAACUAUGAGUAUAUCUAAAUGCAUAUUUUAUUGUUUUAUAUAAUAAAAAUGUAAUUUUGUUGCUUCAUAUGUUUUAUUUAUAUAUUUAUAACUUAUCCCCAUUUUCAUCCAUAAGCAUAGGGUAACUGCUAUAUAUAUUUAAAAUAUGACAAUGAAAAGGAUAUUUUCUGGUUUGUAAAAUUGAGCCCUCACCCAUUGGUGCAUGGCACAUGCACUGGUCACUGUAGUUUUGUUUUGCGAAUUUUGUUAACAUAUAUGGCUAAAAUCACAAACUUACCCUCCCAGUGACAGAGUUGAUAUACCAACAACCAAAGUUCUCCUUAAUAGGUCUUGAAAAAACAUGCCUUUUUGCAGCAAGAAAAAACUUCUGCUUCACUGUUUCUUCCUUACUCCCAAAACAUUCCUGUCAUUUUAUUUGUAGAGAGCAUAAGUGUCACACUUUGUUUCAUGUCAGGCAUUCAUUAUUGCUCUUUUAUUAAUUUAAUACUAUAAUUGUAAUUGAAGAUGAAAUUACUAAAAAUAAUGAUUAUUUUU